CCGGAGUCAUUCAAAACUCCGCCAUCGCUUAUGUAACUGCUUAUUUGUUGUGUUGGUGAAAACUUGUUUUUAUCUUAGUGAUUCGCUGAAUAUUAGAAGAAACGAUGGGAGGACAACGACGAUCUCGGGGACGACGUGGAUGUGGAGCGACUACGCGCGGGGUUCGAGGUGGUGCUGGUCUUGGUGCUCAUAGGCCUUCAGUUUCUGGCUCUGUAACUAGUGGAGCGUUGCAUAGCUUUGACGAGGUCCAUGCUAUGGAAAGGCCACUGCACGGAAAGAGGACGAGGAAGCUGCCGCCAGUGAGGACAGUACCUGAAGGGAAUGUUAAAUGUGGUGGGAGCGGGCAGUCAACUCUGCAAAUUACCCCUGUUAAGAGACCCGCAAAUAAUGACUCUACUGGUAAGGGCGAGGAGGUUCCGGCUUCGAGGCGAUGCUUGUUUCCACCAGCCAGGGCUUCAUCUUCACCAUCAGCCGUCAGGGCUCGUCCUUUAAGGGACCUGAAUAAUUAUGGCAGUGAAGAGGAUGCUGACAGCGAUGAUGAAGAUGAAGAUAUAGUUCAGCCAGUACAGUUGCCUAGGAGGGCUGAAAGACUUUUUAUGUCUGAGGAAGAGACUGAGGUGCCACCGAUAAAUGCAAACAUAGACUUUGAGUGGCCACCUCAACUUUCCUCAGGCCUGCAGCCCAAGCCCGAACCCAACGCUGAGCCCGAACCCAGCGCCGAGCCCGAACCCAGCGCCGAGCCCGAACCCAGCGCUGAGCCCGAACCCAACGCCGAGCCCGAACCCAGCGCUGAGCCCGAACCCAGCGCUGAGCCCGAACCCAACGCCGAGCCCGAACCCAGCGCCGACCUCGAAACUAUAGCCGAACCAUUCAAUAAAUUUGAUUUUAGGUGGAGAGGGUUUCCAGAAUCUCAAAUUCGUCCUGAAUUGAGAAAGGAACCUUUCUCCGAGAUUAAUUGUGGUCCCACAGUUCCAUUGACGAGCCCAUAUGAGGCAUUUACUGCUAUAUGGGAUCGCCAAAUAAUGGAGCACAUUUCAGUGGAGACAAAUAGAUAUGCUCAGCAAGUGGUAACGGCCAAGAUUGAUCAGGGCCUACUUUCGCCAAACAGUCGUAUCACGCGAUGGCGGGAUACGAAUCCAGAUGAGCUGUACGUGUAUUUCGCAAUAGUCCUAGCGACUGGGAUUAUUGUGAAAUCACGUGUAGACUCAUACUGGAAUACAGCCCAGGAUUUACUAUCUUCUCCUGGGUUUCCGGCAACGAUGAGCUGUGGCCGUUACUUCCUGCUUUCUAAAUGUCUCCACUUCUGUAAUAAUGAUGACUGCAACCCAGACACAAUGACACGAUCGGAGGCAAAGCUUUUUAAGGUGCGUCCUAUUACAGACCAUCUUAACAAGCGGUUCCAACAGUUAUAUAUUUUAUCACAAAAUAUUGCAUUAGAUGAAAGUUUGACACAGUGGAAGGGUUGGUUAGAUAUUAAUCAAUUCAUCCGAAAUAAAGCAGCCACAGUCGGAAUCAAAACCUACGAGGUUUGUGAGUCCCAGACUGGCUACUUGUGGCGGUUUGAAGUGCACGUAGGGCAUGACGAAUCUCCACGAGAUGGUCCUUUGUCUGGGGAAGUGCCGGCACUUGUGCUUAAACUUCUCAAUGGUCUUGAGCACAAGGGCCACACGAUUUGGAUGGAUAACUUUUAUAACUCUCCUGCGCUUGCGCGAGAGUUAAAGGUACGGGGGUUUGACUGUGCCGGUACUCUCCGCUUGAACCGUCAGUUUGUUCCCACUGAACUGGCUAAUCUGACCAAGGAAGCUUUGGCUGUAGGUCAAGUUCGUGGCUGCACUUCAGGCGAUGUGGAUCUGGUGGUAUGGCGAGAUAAGAACCUCGUUUCUCUUAUCUCGACGUACCAUGGGUUAGCAACAGUAAAGUGUGGCGACGUACUAAAGCCUUCAAUAGUACCCGAUUACAAUGUGUGCAUGGGUGGUGUUGAUCGCAAAGAUCAAAUGAUUGCCAUGUACCCACUAGAAAGGCGGCGUACUCGGGUGUGGUACAAAAAGUUUUUUAGACGACUGUUCAAUGUUAGUGUCCUGAAUGCGUUCAUACUCCUCCGCACACAGCAACCUAUUACCCACCGAAAGUUCCGUGAAACUUUGGUAAGGGAAUUGGUCGCAAAACACAAGCCACCUUCACCCUCAGCAGUUACAGCUGGACUAGUGGGACACUUUCCGGCUCAGUAUGACUUUCUGGCCGGAAAGCAACACGAACGCCAGCGCAGAUUUUGCGUUGUAUGUAAAAAACGUACAACUGCAUAUUGCAGGCAGUGCAACGUUCCACUGUGCGUGUUCACCUGCUUUGAGCCACAUCACUCUUAACAGUUACACAUCACACAAACACUACCUAUACGCACAGCUACUCAGGACACACAGGACUCUGAAACGCUUUUUGUCGCCAGUUCAGUGGGAAUAAAAGUAUAUUCGUCCAAAUCGUGGAACAAUAAGACAAUUAAGGCUGUAUAUUUAUUUAUGUAUUCGUAAGUAAUAUUUUUACGUAUUUAAUUCUUAAUUUACGUAGGUUUCAUUUUUAUUAAAAAUAUAUAUCUAAGUAUCUAUAUUGGGGGGGGGGGGGGGGUAUAUUUAUUAUUAUUGGCAAUAUUUUGGGUAAAAUAUAUAAUUGUAGUUCCCACGGUUGCGUCAUUCGUUCGGAUUACAGUCAUCAUUAUUUGAGAGUGCUGCUAACCCUUGUUUUCUCCAAGCAAUAUCCCACGAAAUCAGGACUACAUUUGAUCUUAUCAUUAGCUGUGACUGCAAUGUUCAUUUUUUGUAUUAGCAAAUAUUUAUGAAAGUACUGAUACUAAAUGUGUAAAUAUAUCAACUACUCAAAUGCAGUGUAAAUUUAUCCAAAAAACGUUAGAUUUAGCAUUGAAAUCAUUUUGUUGGCAGCUCUCUGGUUAGUAUUUUAGUAUAUGGGGGGUUUUAAAAAAAAACUGUCUGCUACAUUACCGGAAUGUGACUAGAAUAGAUAAGUUUUUUGAAUAUGCGUAAGUAAAAAAACAAACACUAUACUCAUAAGAACCAUACCUUGAAAAUAUUACGAUUUACGAAACGUCGUAUCCAUACUUUUAUAGCCUCUCAGGUACUAAAAUGAACAAUUUUUUUGCUACUUUUAACAACUUACAUGAUGCAUCUUGAAAUAUUUCUUAGAACUGUACUGUUCUGUUGAUUUAUUUUGAUGCUUUAAUCUAUUAGACCGGGAGAUACUGACACAAAAUUUCGAGUCAUUUUUAACAGGAUGGCGGUUCUACAGGGGUCUUAGUACGCAAUGACAAAAAGAAAAA